AUGUGGGCCUCCGGGCCUGCUGCGGCGGCGCGGCCGGUUGAGGCCGGGCUCGGCCCGGCCCGCGACGGCUGGCCGCCGACGAGCGCGCUCGCGCUGCUCGUCAAAAUGGCAGCGGUGUCGAUUGCGGCGACGGUCGUUCAGUCGCUCAGCGCUCAGGCGCCUGGCAUGAGCCUUCCGCGAUUCGAUCCCGCAGCCAAAAACUGCUCGCUCGAACCGCGGCCGACUCCGCCAUCGCGGCCGCAGCUGUUGAGCUCUCCAGAAAACUGGUGCCUCAUAUGCUGCCUCCCUGCAGAUGCUGCCGGCGAGCCUGGCGGUCCGCUGUACUUCAAGGAAGCGCUGACACGAUUCUACCUCGAAUUCUUCUACCCCCACGACUCGGAACGCGAAUGCAUUCGUGGCAUCCUAUGGGUCGUCCAGAGUAUCGACCUCUGGCGA